AUGGAUCAGGAAGUGAACUCUCAUCUAUUUGUCUUCACCAUUGCUAGCCUGUGCCUUGUGUCACUCGGCAUUAUUGGUUUAGUCGAGCUCAUUUGGCCAGGUCGCUUACCCAGAUGGCUCAUACAUCCAGUAUCCAACAUUAUCAAUACAUAUCUUGAAUGGAGGUAUCCCAUCCUCCAUAAAGACAGACGAAAGAAAAUCCCAUCCUGUCGCUACGUGUGGCCCAACGGCCAAGGAGAUACGGCCAAGUUCUUGGAUGGAAUUGAAAACUCCGGCACCUGGGAGAAGCAGAAUGGGUCAGUAUAUCGAAUUUGGUCGGGUAUGAAGCCGGAAAUCGUCCUAACCCAACCCCACCAGCUACAAGCGGUAUUCAAAGACUCGGACAAACAUUCAAAGGCACCCGCGAAUAAUUCAGGAUUCUACAUGAGCCAACUGCUGGGGCAAUGUGUUGGUCUAAUCAGCGGACGGGACUGGCAGGCUGUACGAAAAGUGGCAGAAGUACCAUUUGGUCACAGAGCUAUCUCGUCUCGAAUCCCUGAUUUUGAACGCCAUGUUACAGAACAAUUCCAAAAGCUACACUUGUACGGCAAUCUCGAUCAAGGACUUAUCCACCCAACAGACGACUUGAAGAUGCUACCAUUUUGGAUUGUAGCGGAGGUCUUCUACGGGCAUCUUCCCACAUUCCUAAUUAAGGAACUAGAUGACCUGGCACCUCUACGUGAGCGGGUGUUUAAAUACGUCAUCAAAGGUGGCAUUCAUCGAUUCUCCUGGACACGGUGGCUACCUACUGCGGCAAAUGCCGACCUGAACAAGUUCAAGCAGGCAUGGAGGGGCUUCAACCAUCGCGCAUUGCGGUAUGCCCAGGCCAAUAAUCUUCAGGUGCCUAUCGCCCACAUGCAAGCAGCCGUGGCAGCUGGACAGAUUACAGAGGAGCAGUUGUUGCAGACCCUUGAUGAGGCCUUGUACGCAAACCUAGACGUGACUACAGGUGGUCUUUCCUGGAACCUUGUCUUCCUUGCCGCUCACCCGGAAGUCCAAUCUCAAUUACGGCAUGAAAUAUCCGAGGCCGAAUCGAAGAAUGAAUUACACGCGUAUAUCACCAAUCGGGCCACGUAUCUGGCGGCCUGCGUGCUCGAGUCCAGUCGGCUGAGACCGUUGGCCGCAUUUAGUGUGCCACAGGCCGCGCCUACCGCACGAGAGAUCAAUGGAUACAUCAUUCCUGCUGGGACGAGUUUCAUUGUGGAUAGUUACGCGCUGAACGUGCGGAAUGAAGCGUGGAUGCCCGAUAACAAUGCUUACCGGCCGGAGCGUUUCCUCGGGGGCCGAGGUUCGGACCGUCGAUAUUUGUUUUGGCGCUUCGGGUUUGGCCCUAGGCAGUGCAUGGGGAAACACGUCGCUGAUAUGGUAAUCAGGACGACUCUAGCACACCUUGUACAUCAUUACGAUCUUAGUUUGCUGAAUGGCGGUGUUCCCUGGACCAGGAACCGCGAGAGCUGGAUCACUCAUCCGGAUUUCCAGCUGCGGUGUCUCAAGAGAGCAUGA